ACCGGACUGACACCUGGUCGACAUGAAUGGAAAAGCGGUAGCUCGUAUCCGGGAUUUUACGUUCCAGUAACUGCAUUGAUCGGCACGUACCUGUGACGAGGCGGUUCUUGUGUUGCGAAGCGAGAAUGCGGACGAGGAGAGUAGUUUCACGAGUUACCUUCGAUAAGAGCAGAUGGUAAUGUAUGUACUUGAGGAUGUUUGCUUGGUAAUUGGGUCAAGUAUCAAGGUCUUGGAGGCGUCAUUGCUCCUCUAUCGUUUGGAGUAACUGGAUUAAUCUUUGAUUAAUCAUUUUGUGUUUAAUUUUGAUUAAGGUAUAAUUGGUCCUUUCAAGAUCAUAAGGAGAUUCUAAAACAGAAGAUACGAAAUAAACUAAAUACUGACCUUCCAACGAUAUUUCUCUUCUAGUAACCAAUACCUGAUCAUCGCAAUCCUUAUCUACCGACGUUCUCCCUUGCUCCUACCUUGAAUUACAACACUUUUAAUUAAUAUAAAAUUUAUAGUACCGUGAUCAAAUUUCCUGCAAACCCUGUCUUGUUUUAGUAGGAAAAAACCCGGAGGAGCGAUCGACGUCAUGGUUAGUGCAAGCGUUGAAGUCGCCCGCGUGCCAUCGAGCAUGCCGCGCGAUCCGCGCUCACGUGUCACGUCUCGUGUAGUCAUCCGGGAUCAUCGAUCUCGGCCGAUCAGCCGAAAUAAAACGUCGAAGAGCUAUGUUACGCUUCGGGCUACCUUUUCCUGACUCAGCUGAUCGAGAACACCUUAAGUCUCCUUCGAAUCAGUCCCGCUCGUCUUUCUCUUUCAUGUCCCCCUCUCGAGGCUCUUGUCCCCUCUACCGUCAUGCUGGAAAUCACUUUCGAAGACCCGUUAACCUACUGGAGGCCUUAGUAUUCGCGCUGUCUUCGAACCACCAUGUUAACAGCGCGGGUGUACCUUUAGAUCAUCUGGCUUUCACAAUAAUUAUCCUUGGAUGCUGGUAACUCAGCUUAGCUACCUAAGGAAGAGCCUCUGAUGCUAAGAGGUUUGCAAGAAGAAUUGGAACUGAUUAGUUCCUUUAAGUUUGACGCACCAAAGAUCAUAAUAUAAACAGGAUGAAGGGAUGGUUCGAUGCGUUCCGCAUCGACGGAGGUCCAACGUUGUAUAGCUACAGCAACCGCACUCCUGUCACGGGUGACGUACCUCUGGUGAUCGUGUUCGUGAUAUUCGGUACCAUCCUCACUGCGUUCCUAGUCAUAUUCCCUGGCAUACGGAAAGAGAGACUCAGCACGUUUCUCACGGUGACCUUGAGCCUCUUCGUCGGAGCGUCGAUUCAAGUUGCACAGUAUGGGUCUUCUUGGCACACCAGCUCAGCGACCAUUGUCGGUACGUACAGUGCGUUCUCUAGACAGAAAACUGUUGCUGAAAUAGGUGGAUACAUUGGACUAAUGCACAUAAACAUCACUUACAAACUCCUACCCAGUACCGAGAAUCCAAUGGAUGACGUGGAAUAUAAUGAAAGAUUCUGGUGGAGAAGCACAGGAGAGAUGACCAGCGCCUUCAAACAGGCACUUUAUCAAGGAGCACCAUUCCCUAUUGUUUCUCUGGCCGAGUAUUUCAGCCUUCAUCAAGAAGGCUUCUCCUGGGGAAGCAAAUACCGACAAGCUGGGUAUUACGCAUCGCUCAUACUCUGGACAUCAUUUGCCUCCUGGAUCAUGACAAAUCUACUUCUAGUAGUUGUACCAAGAUAUGGAGCAUACGGAAUGAUCAUCACCGGUAUUUGUAUGCUGAUAACAAACCUAACUUAUUGGGUGCUGUUACCCUGUGAACCAUUGAUAGCUCACAUAGACGGUUCAAUUCUUGCUUUCAAUUUGGGAUGGAAUUAUUGGCUGGUUCUUCUAGCUGGUAUCGGAUGCCUGUUCGCUGGGGCUGUGAUCACAGCCAUCGACAUGAUAUUCCCUCAUCAAUUCUCCACUAUACUGGAAGUUGACUACGACACACCGUACGACAGGCACGUUAUCAUCGAGGAGAGUUUUGACACGAGGAACAUCAGGCGGAGAUUACCUAAAAUUGAGGAUUCGUUUGGUGAUCGGAUAAUAAGUCAACUCUCGUCCAAGUUACAGAGCAGACACGACGCGAAGGAAGAUACCCAAGGGGUGAUCAAUCGUGGAUACACGUCGCACGAGUCUUCGGACUUUCAGCACGAAAGCAACGAAGAAACGACGAAGAACAACUGGUCUUACCCAUUUCCAUCAUCCUCGCGAAGAACUAUGAGUGGUUGACAUUUGUUAUUUAUCUCUCAAUUGUUAAUAAAUUCAUUCACACUCGCA